AACCUCACGAGUACGAGAUGGAGAACUUUGAUCUGGCGGCGUACAUAAUCGUCCUGGAAGACCUCGUGUCACAGAUGUACCUGGCUGUGAUUCAAAACAAAGUAUACGAUACUUUGCUGAGCUAUGGCGUGGAUCUGCACAUCGUCCAGCAGAUGUUCAUGCAGCUGUCUUACUUCAUCUCAGCUCAGUGCUUGAACAAUCUGUUGCUGAGGAAAUAUCUGUGCAACUGGUAUAAGGGUCUACAGAUUCAGUAUAAUGUGUCACAGAUCGAAGCAUGGCUACGCGACCACAAACUAGACGAGGCCAAAUCCAAGCUGGCCUGUAUCUACCAGGCCACCAGACUGCUGGGAGGCAUGCACAGAACUCAAUUACAGGCAAAUACAGAAGAUUCUGUCCAUGUACACGCCCGAUAAGUCGGACGAGGACGUGCCGGUACACAUUAUCCGCGCCGUGGAAAGUGUCGGUUGGAAACGUUACAUGGAAAGCAGCAAGGAAAGC